AUGGCCAACGUGGACGAGUUAUACUUCGAGCCAACUUUCAAGUUCCUUAUCUGCAAACGACAUGGCAGUGGCGUGCAUCCGACAAAACAAGCGAUCAAACGGCACUUGCGCAGCGAAGACCAUCGUUGCGGGGGUGAAACCCUGAAACAAGCCAUCUCGGCCUUUUCUAAGCUGUCUCUACGCUCUCUCAAAGAAACGCUCGAGGCCACGCCCGCUGUUGAGAUACAGCCUAUUUCCCCUCCUAUCCGACACUUGAAAGUAUGGAAUGGCUGGAACUGUACAGCCUGCCGGGGUUAUUUUCUAUCAACAAGUCUCGAGCUUCUGCAACGUCAUGCCGCCUCCCAACAUGGGCGUCGGAGAGGCGAGCAGCCUUUGUGGGAAGCUUGCAAGUUACAGACAUUUUUCAGCGAGACUAGAGAUCGACGAUACUUUCAGGUUGCAAGUGUACAUGACUUCGCUGUUGAGGUUACUGGUGACGACCAUGCUCAUGGGAAGGAUGAGUGCAAGUGUCACGAGGGGAUCCAGACAUGCAGAUGCGACGACUUCGAAAACAAUACUCUAGUUACUCGCUCGAGACCGUCUGGUUCCAAUUCAUCCACUCUCAGCUUCCGCAGCAUGACUGAUUCACCGACAAUGGGCACAAUUUAUUUUCCCGUAGUACAGGGUUUUCCAUUCCAGACCUUAAAAAGGUCAUCCAGUCCUGUACGCUCAUUGGAACCACAUCAUCCGUUGAUCGAGUACGUUGCGAAGUAUGUGCGGCUCCCGGUCCAUCGUAUUGAUACUCUUCUCAAAUCAGAAGCCUUUCUUUCCGCGGCAUAUCCUGUUUUUGACAGUAGCCAUGUUGACUCGCCCCUCAAUAUGCGAGCUGUGUUUCCACAAAGCCAAGAAGAGCCGGUCUUCAUCAACGCUCUUCUUUACGCGACUGUGCAGAUCCUCAAUCGCGGAAAGACGACCAUGGAGGGGCUCUCACUUCAAGAAAAAACCCUCAAAUUGUUGCAGGAGAAGCUCACCUCUCCGAAUCAGACGCUUUCACCACCAGUGUUAGGAGCCAUUAUGAUUCUGAAAGCCACGGCAUACAAGACUGGAGAUCGUUCUGGGCAUAUCGCCCACACUGCAGGGCUAAUGAACGCACUCGAGAUCUCUACCGUCAAUGACAUCGCACUGACACAAGCCGCCAGACGCGCAACUUUUUGGUUAAAUCUCAGCGCCGCCUUGGUAAUGGACUGUAAACGGGCCGAGCACAUAGAGUUUCCUCAAUUAGCAAUACGGCAACGCCAAAACCUCCCCGACAGGAAAAUGGAACCCCCGACUGGUUUUGCACGACACAAAGCUUCCCUUCCUGAUGGCCUUUUGGGGUGCAUUGUUGAUACUGUUGAGCUCCAGUCCUUUCUUCAACUGGAAACCAGAUCCUUAUCGUCACUAAACACCACACAAGAUCCGGUUGACCCAUUGCAGGCAUCGAUUCAAUCUCAACUGGCGGCUCUGGCUCAUGCAUGCGUGGAUAUUGGAGUUGUCGCUGAAGCUGUGAGGCUUGGUGUAUUCAUGUGUUACUAUUGCAUUUGGAUGGAGACUUGGAAUGACAGUCUGAUUCAAUGCAAGCUGGCAGCAAAGUUGCUUGACAUACUAGAAUCUACAGCUCUGUUCGGUCCUGAAUAUCCAGAUAGUAUAUGGUUGCAGCAUAUGGACCUUCUGUUAUGGCUUUUGCUCAUUGGAUCGAGUGUUGUAGAGUUGGACAAUGGCCAAGUGGAAAAUCUCAGACAGCGGCAAAACAGCUUGAUCGACUCUGUUAUUUCUGAUUUCCGAUUUCUAAAAACGAAUCAUUCAUUAGAUUUAAAGAGAGACCUUCAAUAUGGAUUGAAUGAUUUCAUAUAUAAGAACGGAUGGCUUCAAAGGCGUUGGUUUAUUAAAGACUGGUUCAAGCUGGAAUUUUUAAUCAAUACUAGCGACAAUGAGAGAACUUUUGAGAGUAGCGACUAA